CGAUGCUUCCAAAUAUAUCCUUUCGUGUAAUAUUUUUCCAGUUUUACUGCCGUAAAUUAAAAUUUUCAUAGCAACGUCAAGUUAAACCUCAUUAUCGUACUGUUAACUACACCCAGUCCAGUUUCGCGCACUAUUGGCCACAUCCGUACUGCUCAAGAAUCUAUCAAUCCAGUGACACAAAAUGUACUGCUAAAAAUGGGCAACGAUCAAUCGCAGCAACUAAAAGGGCUGGAAAUUAGCCGGAAGGCCAUCCAGGUGACGGACUAUUGGUCGCUCUACAAUGGAGAAAUCCCGAUGGAAUCAACCGUUUCGGUUAUAUCGAUUUUCCAAGGUGAAACAUUGGUGACCGGACAGCUUUGGAUCAACCAGAAUCCACUGGAACGCGCCAUUCGAAAUCUUAAAAUCUAUCGCCAUCCAAAUAUUCUGAAGUAUAUCGCUUCAUGGAACAAGGGAUCGCUAAAAAUGCUGGCCACGGAAAGGUGUCGCCCAUUGGCCACUUGCUUGAACGUAACGAGCGAUGUGCAGAUUUGUUUAGGUUUGAGGAACGUUCUGUGUGCGUUAAUCUUCCUGAUAGAGCAGGCCAAUGUGAGGCAUUUGAGUAUUAGCAUAUCUUCUAUCUACGUAACGGAGGACGGAGCCUGGAGGUUAGCCGGAUUUGAACACCUUUGGACAGGGAAGGAGUACAAUUUAACACUGCUAGAGAAGUCGCAACCCUAUCGCUAUCCAAAAGCAAUAGAUCCGGACGAGUUGAAGAACAAAGGUCUAGGUGUUGAGCAGUUUGCGUUUGCCGUGAUGUGUGAGGAAAUCUUGCAUAAUAAGAACGACAGCAAUAUUCCUGCAGUUGAGGACUUCAAAUCUUAUUGUGCUACGCAUCUUAAACAUGCAAACGUUGCAAUGCGUCCAAAGCUGUCCGCUAUCCUACUUCACCCGUUGUUCAACCACGACUUCAUACUGAUACAUUCCUUCCUGACGGAACUUCCGUUGAAGAGUCCCCAAGCCAAAAUGGAAUUCUUCACGAGUUUAGUGGAUCGGCUGCGAACCUUCGAUCCUGAAACCGUAGCCGAGCAAAUGGGAUCGUUGCUGUUGUCCCGAAUAGUGCUAUUAGAUACCACGGCUCAGCUUUGUGUCACGCCCUAUAUCUUGAGGCCCCAAACGGAUGAUCUCUCGUCUGGUCUGUUUGUGGGAAGAAUCUUCUCCACGUAUAUCAUCCCUAAAGUGCAACAGGUCUUCUGCGUUCAGGAUGCUCAAAUACGGCUCACAUUGCUGGAACAUUUUCCAGACUAUGUGUCCUACUUUAGCAAGGAGGAUCUUAAGGAGCACAUUUUGCCGCAGUUACUACUUGGUAUCAAGGAUACCAAUGACGUACUGGUGGCGAAAACACUUCUGUGCUUAGCUGACGUGGUACCGAUUUUGGGAUCGGCCGUUGUAAUUGGAGGAAAUCGAAGUAAGAUCUUCGCUGACGGUCGACCGCAAGGAGUUCCCGAUCAAAGUCAUCCGUGGAGCGGAGUGCGAUCCAUCACCCCCGUUAUCGGUUCGGGGGAAUUCCUUUCAAGUAGCCCUGUCCCCGGUAUGGGUAGAACCCUUGUUGAUCAGGAAGAAAAUUUCUCUUCUAUUGUUCACGGGGGAGAAUUUGACCACAUGGCGGAACGACCUUCUCCGGAAGGCGAAGACCCAUGUCCUACCAACAGCGAUGUCGAGCUAGAGGUAGAUGAAUGGAGUGACUGGGAACAGGAUCCCAACGAACGUACCGCAAGUCAUCAUAUCAACUUAGAGCAGCGAUUAGAUGCAGUGACCGUUGAAAAUCCUUCAAACACUAUUAGCGCUGUAAGCGAUUGUUCUGCCGAUCGGGCAGAUUCAACGCCAAGCAGUGCCGAGCAGGAAAAAUUCGUUAAACCGAAACGAUCCGUCCCAAUGCAGGCGGAGAGUAUAGAAAACCUGGAUAUAAAAUCACAGACCUUUAAAAAAGUUGAAACUUUGCCAGAAGAGGAAAUGGACUUUUUCAAAGAUAUGGAACCCGUUAUACAGAAAGCCAAUGUGUUAUUAAUAAAUGAUGGGGACGAAAUGGAGAGCAGUGAAAGUGUUCCUUUGGCCGUAGCGGACAUACCAGCUAUAAAGUCCAAAAAGAGUGCGACAGAACAAGAGCAGCCAUUGAUAAGUGUCGAUAAAAGCAGAUUCGAUAUCAAAGUGGAGGACUUGGAGGUUAACGAGGACGGUUGGGACGAUGAAGAAAGCGGGUGGUAAGUAUAGGAACCAUUUUAGUGCAGCAGGUUCAUGUUAGGUUUGCAACCUGUUGGAUGGUAGAUAUUUGCACUAAUUUUACCCGUGUUGGGUGUUGCAAUACUAACUGCUUAUGGACACUCACUUUACCACCUACACUAGCGAUAAUAAAAUUAUGACGACACAUAAA